CAGGAAUCCAGUGAUGGGAUAAUAAUGAUGACCUUAUGUUUUUUACCCCCCCUAAAUCAGAGACUUGGGGCUGUGCAGGAGAUCUCACUAAAAUGCCCAUGGACUCCCUGCCUUGGCUGCAGCCUGUACUGCCCCUUCCAGGGCUGCAAUUAAAGCUUUAGCUCUGCACAAAGUUUCCCAAAGUUGCUUUGUGCGGAGCCACCGAGGGGGCUCUGCUGAGUUUCCUCCCGUAGGCAGCCUGUCCCAGGUCAUUAAGCACCGCUACUGCUACUGGUGGGAAUAUAUAGACAUGAGCGAGGACAGGGCAGGAAUCUGCUUAUACAUGGGAUAAGGACACUGCUCUCAGCAUUUGUGGAAUUCACUGCAGCCGGAUAGAGUUACUGUACAAUGGCUUUACCUUGUGCCGGCUGGCUCUCCAAUGAAGCCCUCAAGCAUCUCUUCCUGCUGUCCUGGCUGGCGCUCAACAUUUGGCUGCUCUGUAAAACCUUUACGGUGUAUUACAGCGGACCCCAGUAUUUUUAUUUACACCAGAUGUUGGGGUUAGGAUUGUGUGUGAGCAGAGCCUCCGCCUCCGUCCUCAACCUCAAUUGCAGUCUGGUCCUCUUGCCCAUGUGCCGCACUGUCAUUGGCCUUCUCCGGAGACCCAAAAUGGUCUGGAGCAGGAAAACCAGAAGGAUGUUGGACAAACACAAAACAUUCCAUGCUGCUUGUGGCUGCGCAAUAUGUUUAUUUUCUGCUGUCCAUGUUGGAGCGCACGUGCUGAACGCUGUCAACUUUUCGGUAAAUUACAACCACGAAUUUCCUGCGUUAAAUGUUGCACGUUACAAGAAUGAGGAUCCCAGAAAAAUAAUCUUCACUUCUGUUGCGGGAGUGACCGGCGUCCUCAUGGUGUUGAUUUUAUUUCUCAUGUGUACAGCUUCUACUUCUUCAAUCAGGACCUCCAAUUAUGGCAUCUUUUUGCACACGCACAACCUUUUCUUCAUCUUCUACCUGUUGCUGCUGGUUCAUGCUUGUGCAGGUGUUCUAAAAUAUCAGAGUAAUUUAGAGGAGCACCCUCCUGGCUGCCUCUAUCUAAACAGGAGCGCGCAGGAUUCCGUUCCCCUGCCGGCGGCUGAUGGAGAAGUUUUUCCAGGCAGAUCCUCGAGGACAGAGACAGGAGGUUUUUUUGCUCACAGCGAUAUGUUCAUUAGAAAUAACUCGGAAAAGAUAUGCACCAAGGGACCCACAUUUUGGCCACAUUUCCCAGAGACAUGGCUGUGGAUAUCGGGUCCCUUGUGUUUAUACUGCGCAGAGCGAUUGUACCGAUAUUUCAGGAGCAGUAAGCCUGUCGCCAUCGCCGCUGUAAUCACGCACCCUUGUGAUGUGAUUGAAAUACAUAUGGUCAAAGAAAAAUUUAGCGCAAGGCCCGGCCAGUACAUCACUCUGCUGUGCCCAAGUGUGUCCACUCUAGAAGCCCAUCCGUUUACACUCACAAUGUGUCCUACAGAAUCAAGAGCAACAUUUGCAGUUCACAUUAAAGUGGUGGGAGACUGGACUGAAAGAUUUUAUGAAUUGCUGGAGCCCCGUCACACUGCUGACACCGAAAUACUCCCAAAAUGUAAGCAAAGAAAAGACCCAAAGAUAUAUGUUGAUGGACCAUUUGGAAGUCCCUCAGAAGAAGCAUUUAAUUAUGAAAUCAGCCUGUGUAUUGCUGGGGGUAUUGGAGUUACUCCAUUUGCAUCUAUUCUCAACCAGCUGCUAGAUUCCUGGGAGCGCUACAAACUGCAGAGACUGCACUUUGUGUGGGUUUGCAGAGACAUCAACUCUUUUCUCUGGUUCGCAGAUCUCUUGUGCUUACUGCACAGAAAGCUUUGGCAGGAAAAUCAACCUGACUACUUAAAUAUCCAGCUGUACCUCAGCCAGACGGAUGGAAUUCAGAAAAUAAUUGGCGAAAAAUACCAAGCUUUGAACUCCCGGCUUUCCAUUGGACGCCCCCAGUGGAAACUUUUGUUUGAGGAAGUAGCCAAGUCCAGCAGACGGAAAAAAGUUGGCGUAUUCUGUUGCGGGCCGAAAGGAAUAUCCAAAGAACUUCAUAAACUGUGCAACAGCCCUAAUCACUACGGGACAACAUUUGAAUACAAUAAAGAAUCCUUCACUUAGAAGCCAACGAGUAUGAGUUGAUAUGACAGUAACCAAAUAUUAAAUUGCACCAAAUAUUAGAAUCUCAUCUCUACAUCUUACAGGGAACUGAAAAUAUCACAAUGUACAAUCUGGCCCAGCCGUGACAAUGUUAUUCUCUUCAGAUAUCUCAAUAGGAUUAGCAUGAAGGGAAACUAAUAAACCUAAAGAUAUUGAGUAUACACGUAACCUUUUGACAAAUAACUUUUAGAAAGUCCCAACACAAAAAAAGACUCACUCACCAGAAAGUGGGUGGGAUUGUGGAUGUACCUGGGUGUUUCACCAGUGGAUCUGGUUGGGUUGCUGGUGGAUCUAAGCAUUACUCAGGCAGACUGGGGGUAUGAGUAUGUUAACAUUAGUCAGAAUGCAAGUCUACAACAAAGGCUUAAUGUCUAGGAGAAGCAAAUUUUGGUGUAUCAGAAAAUUUUCCAACAACCCAGACAUUAUAGAUGCAACACUCAAGAUUGUCUAUUCUUUCUUUAUAGAUGUAGCUGGGAACUUAUAUUUUCCAUUAAGACCCUAGCUACUUUUUAAGGGAAUGCAAUAUGCUCUAUCACAUCAUUGGUAUGUACUGUAUAUCUGUAAAACAUUCAACAUUAUCAAGUCCUAUAUGUAGUCUUGGCAUUAUGGGUACUUUUAAUUUGAUGAAAAUAGAAUUAUCUUCAGGCUAACGUCUAAAGUCUCCAUGAUUUUAACCUGGAAACCUAAUAACAUAGUAAGUUAGGUUGAAAAAAGACACAUCCAUCAAGUUCAACCUUUUAAGUCUAUAUAUAACC